AUGUUUCUUCAUUUAGAACCCAGCAGACCUCCCUCUGAUGUGAUGGUGACAACUAGCACUCCUGAUGUGAGUCAAAUGCUUUUUGUUGCAUAAUUAAUGUGAUAGGACCAGGGGCCUGUUUCUCGAAAGUACUGGUAACAUUUUUGGUGCUGGAAAACAAAUGUUAAAUCAAUCUUUAAAGAAUACAAGCCCUUAUUCCAGCCAACAAACCAGUCAAUUUUGAUUGUUGUAACUUGUUAUCAGCCAAACUAUCAAAACCUCUUUCUCAAGUGUAAGCAACAACAGCUCUCUGGUCCAGUAAUAAGGACCUUAAGACCCUACAACAGUGACUGUAACAAGAACGUCAAGAAAAAGCAAUAGGUUUGAUCAGCAAAACAACAAAUUUGCUCUUGCAUCACGGUUUUUUGUACAUUUCUUUGUCAUCACUGCAUGAGUACAACGUGAAAAUGGCUAAUUUCAUGUUUUAUGGAGGGCGUAAACAAGCAACAACAAAAUUUUAUUUGUCUAUCUUAAGUUACUUUUACAAAGUAAGUGAUUUGGAAUAAUUGCGACUGAGUCUGAAGAAACGUAAACUCACUUUUUAGGCAACGUUUUUGCUGCUGUCGCCGUCCUCGCAUCUUAAGGUCCCUAAUAAUAUUAUUGGGACUUUGGAGAAAUGGGUCACAGGGUUUAAGAGCUGGAAGCCUGAGAUUUCCUCUGGCUGCUAUGUGCUUGACCCCUGGCUACUUUCGUAACUGUCAAUUAGUUUCAUUUGUCUUGCAAUGCUUUGAAUUAAGAACCAAAUUAAUAUCAAUGAAUGAAUGAAUGAGAACUGUAACGUUUUGUAAUGUUUUGCACGUACUAAUAAUUAUUAGUUGAAUUAGUACUUAAAUUUAGACUAAUAGCUUUUGCAAUACUGCAAUUCCUUUAUGGUCAUGCAAAUAAAGCUUUUGGUGUUGUUGUUGUCGUAGGAAACAAAGAGAAAAUAGAACGAAAAGUAAUUUCUAGCUGUUUGAUUCCUUGCUUACUAAUUGCAUACUUGGCAACUUGCGACAUCCUUGCUGGACUCUUUUUAUUUGAUACUCUGGGUCAUUUAUGUGUUAGAACAGUAUCACAGAGAACCAACAUCCAUUCUCGUUUUUAAUGUCAAACGUGAAAAAACGUUCUGGUUAUCAUCUCAGGAAAUAAAUUAAACCUGUUAUAAACCUAAGAUUAGUAUGCAUUUCAAAAACUCUUUAUAGCAACCCUUUAGUUUUAAAAUACAAGUUAGCCUUGUUAUAUAGAUAAAGAAAGGUAGAGAUAUUAUUUACAUUGGAAUGUCAGCAAUAGAUGUAAAAAUCUACACUGUAUAUGUAACAAAGAUGGGUAUUUUUUCUUUUGAAAAGUUGUAGUUAUUAUUAAAAAAAAAAGCAGCAACGUUAUAUAAUCAAGAAAAUGAUAAAUAUAGCCAUUAGAGCAACAUAUUACACCUUUUGUUGUAGAAACAGGAACUGGGAUAGCCCAGACUUAUUGCAAUUUUAAUUUUUUUUUUUUUUGGCUUUUGUUUUGUUUUUGUUUUUGUUUUUGUUUUUUUUUUUCCAAUCUCAAGCAGCAUUUGUAAAUUGCCUAUACGUAGCGAGAUUUACAAUUGCACAUUCAAAAACACAAAUAAAGUUUCCAUUAUUAUUAUUAUUUUUUUAUUAUUAUAUUGUUGUUUUGUUAUACUCUUAACAGAGUCUCGAGGUCAAGUGGCAACCUCCACCAACUAAUUAUAUAAAUGGCAUCAUAACUAAAUACAUAAUCACUUGUACACACAUUGAUGCUGGACAGUCGCCAAGAAAAACCAUUGAGGUUCCAGGUGAUAUUCUUCAUAAGACAAUUAAUGGAUUGAGCAAGGGAGCAAAUUACAGUAUCAGAGUAUGUGCGGUUACAACGGCUGGCCAAGGUCCAUUUAGUGCAUCUGUAAUUGGCAGAGUGCGAACUCAGCCUACUGGUGGUAAGUGA